AUGUGGACAGGGGCUUUGGUUCUGGAUCAAUGUUCAUUGGUGUGGGUUGCUGUUCUUUGGUGUUCAAUGGGGUUCGUCCUGCUGUAUGGACCUGUGGAUGACCCAAUUAGGUCGAUUGAGGUGGUCCGAGGGGGGACGAACACCACUUCAAGUGAUCCGGCAUGCUCUGAGGAGGAGUGGUCAGAUGGGAACAUUGACAUGCAGACAUGCAAUAGACAUAGGGGGGACAAACACCACUUCAAGGGUCCAGCAUGCCAUGAUGGGGAGUGGUCAGACAGGAUCAUUGGUUGUAUUACAAGACAUGCAAUUGACAUAGGAGAGUCAGGCAAAGAUGGGUGUCCCAGUCAAUGUGGACAGGGGCUUUGGUUCUGGAACAGUGUUCUUCGGUCAAUUGCAAUUGAGCUAGGGGGGAUGAACACCAUGUCAAGCAGCCCAGCAUGCUCCAAGGGGGAGUGGUCAGAUGGGAACAUCAGAAUGUUAUAA